AUGCGGCGGCGCCGCAGCCUGCGCCGCGGCUUCCAGGUGUACCGGCAGGUGUGCUCCGCCUGCCACAGCCUGGAGUACGUCGCCUUCCGCAACCUGGUGGGCGUCACGCACAGCGAGGCCGAGGCCAAGGCGCUGGCCGAGGAGGUGGAGGUGCUGGACGGCCCCGACGAGAACGGCGAGAUGUUCAUGCGGCCCGGCAAGAUCUCGGACGCCUUCCCCAAGCCCUACCCCAACGCGGAGGCGGCGCGCGCCGCCAACAACGGCGCGCUGCCGCCCGACCUCAGCUACAUCGUCAACGCGCGGCACGGCGGCGAGGACUACGUGUUCUCGCAGCACAGCGCGGUGCAUUGCAGCAGGCG